GUGAGGACUGAUCACAAGUUUCAGGCAAGGGCUUCCAAACUUGUCAAGUCUGUGACACAAGCUGCGCACAAACCAGGGGAUAAAAUAGCCACUUAGCGCACACAAGAGCUAAACCUUGGUGAGUGCGGCUGGACGCUAACGCGAAGGAAUGGAUACUGUUGCCAUUCAGUUGUGGGCAACCCUCUCUCUGCUGGUGCACCUUGCUGCUUGCAGCCCCAUCAUGAGCCUGGAGCAGUCGUCCCUGGAAGAAGAUGUGCCCCUCUUUGAUGAACUCCUUUCAGAGCAGGAAGGUGUCGAUUUCAACACGCUGCUUCAGAACAUGAAAAAUGAGUUCCUGAAGACGCUGAACCUUUCUGACAUUCCCCUGCAUGAAAAGUCUAAGGUGGAGCCCCCAGAGUACAUGUUAGAGCUGUACAACAGGUUUGCCACUGACAGGACCUCAAUGCCAUCGGCAAAUAUUGUUAGAAGCUUCAAAAAUGAAGAUCUGACUACCCACCCUAUUAGUGUUACAGCAAUCCGGAAAUACCCUCUUCUCUUCAAUGUCUCCAUCCCUCACCAUGAAGAAAUCACCACGGCAGAGCUGAGACUCUACACACUAGUGGAGCGGGACAGAAUACUCUAUGAUGGGAUGGAUAGGAAAGUCACCAUUUUUGAAAUCCUGGAGAACAACCAUGCAAGGAGAGAAGGAGAGGAGAGAAAAAUGGUGGCACUUGCAUCCAGGCAGAUCUACGGCACCAACAGUGAAUGGGAGACCUUUGAUAUCACAGAUGCCAUGAGGCGGUGGCACAGAUCAGAGUCGACCACCCACAGGCUAGAGGUGCAGAUAGAGAGUGAAGAAGGGGAGGAGCCAAACAGAGAGGGGAAACUUGAUAUUGACAUCAGUCCCGAGGCCAAACAUGUGCCUCUGUUGAUUGUGUUCUCAGAUGACCUGAGCAAUGACAAAAAAGAGGAGAAGCAAGAACUGGACGAAAUGAUAGACCAUGAGCAGCUGCUGGAUUUGGAGAACCUGGGUAUGAGCAGCGUCCACAACGGGCCAGGUGAAGAAGCUCUGCUCCAGAUGCGCUCCAACAUCAUUUAUGACUCCACAGCCCGGAUCCGAAGGAACGCCAAGGGCAACUACUGCAAAAGGACUCCUCUCUAUAUCGACUUCACAGAGAUUGGCUGGGAUUCCUGGAUCAUCGCCCCAAAGGGAUAUGAAGCCUACGAGUGCCGUGGAGUGUGUUCCUACCCAUUAACUGAACACGUCACACCAACUAAACACGCCAUUGUCCAGACUUUGGUUCAUCUGAAGAAUUCCCAGAAAGCUUCCAAAGCCUGCUGUGUGCCUACCAAGCUUGAUCCCAUCUCCAUCCUCUAUUUAGACGCAGGGGUGGUAACUUACAAGUUCAAAUAUGAGGGGAUGGCAGUUGCAGAGUGUGGUUGCCGAUAGUGGAAAGGAAUGCAUGCACCACGCGUGCGCUAAGGGAGUAUUUAAUAAUUCAACCUGUAAAUGUGUACAUUUCGCAUUUCCUAUUUAAUAAGGUUAUUUAAUGAGGUGUGUACAGACAAUUAUAUGUUUCAUGUGAUAGGGAACAGGUAGAUCAUAUGAUUGUAAGGAAUGUAUAUUUUAUUUUGCACUUGCUUCUUGCUGUUUCGCUUCUUAUCAGAGAGGCUUCCUUCAUAAACAAAAGAAGGAAAACCAAAUCAUUGGGUUGUUAGGGGUUUUGGCCCCAAAAUAGACAACCUUCAUGCCAUGGAAUAACAUUCAUGGAUUUUAUUUCUUAAAAAAUAUGUUUAGGUGUUGCAGUCAAGGACAUGGUUUGAAAUGCACGCCCCACUGCAGGGGUUAAAACAUGGACUGAAUGAACAUAAUGAUGUGAUAUGUUACAUACUUAAUAUUAUGAAGUGUUUUGAUAGGUUUCCAUCCCUCCAUUCCCCCUACCACUCCAUGUUAGCAUUUUAGUCUCAGGAAAGAUCCUGUGUAUUUAUGCCCUAACUUUUCAUUACAUUUCAAUAGAAAACAAUUCCUUGCUGGUGUGUUUGGAGUAAAUUAAAACAGUUUUGAAGUUACUGUGUUCAUAUUAAAAUUUGCAGUGAACCAAACUGUGAACCUGGUGAAACCCAACUUAGGUUGAAAAAUUGUCUGAGAUCAGGAGAGAAAAUCUUCUGUAAAAUUACCCAGUGAAAAACAUCUGACAUCCACAAUGUCAGGCUGCGACUGUGCUCUGGCUCACUGCCCCCUUGGAUACUCCACAAAGCAAGAAAUGCUUCUACCAUUUUGUUUAUUAUCAAAUCCCUUGCAUAUAGUAGUGAUGCUGACUUGAGAUGUAAAUCUCCACAUUUGAUGCAUGUUGCAUAUCAAUAGCAAGGACUUUAACUGGGAGAAAUCUGCAUAAUAGCUCUGUUGAAAUCCUCAAAGAUUCAGCAAUUUAUUUCCACUAGGAGCCUGCCCCAAUGUGUCUAAUAUGUUUAAUAAAACUAUAUACUGCAACUGAAAUGGCAAAGUAACACCAUUCUUAAUCCAUGUAAAGCUAGGCAGAAAAGGAAAUCCCUCCACCCCAGCUACCCAGGGAGGAUCUUUCCUUUCUGUACGUGUUGAAGUUGUCAAUUCAUAAAGACGUUGCUCUUGCACACACACACACUUGAACUAUAUAUGAUGGAAUCACAUGCCAUGUUUCCGCCACUCUUCUGCAACAAAUCAUGGUGAUAAGAAGGUGUCAGAGCUGAGAAACAAUAGGCCCGUCACUUUAUUUAUAUUAAGCUGCAAAUUUGUCAGAUUCUUGGGAAAGUGUAAGUGACGUUGAAUCUCCUAGCCACCGCCAGAGCCUACUGUACUGUCCUGCAUCUGUCCUACACUUUUAAGGCAAAGUUAUCUUCAGUGGAAAUGAUAAGAGACUUGUCUUUGAAAGAACUGACUCUGACACUUCAUGGGAAUGAACACAAAAGACUUUAUCAAGCACCAACGGAAACCAGUUUCACCUCCAUCCAUGCAAACCCUUCUGUGCUUCCCAUUAUUUAUUGAUCUAUUUAUUGACUGUCUGCCUUUGUAAUAUAAUGUAGAAUACAAAAUGUUUUAUUUUUGUGCUCCUAUGUAUUCCACACCGAUAAAACCUUGUACUGAACAAUUUAUAUUCUGAGGCCUUCUGUUGAACAUUGCUCCAAAGUGGUUUUUGCUUAUAGAUCUUUGUAAAUAUAAUAUAUUGUUAUUAUCUUUCCUGCCUUCAGACUAUCAACCACAGGGACUUAAGAAAGCACCUCGAAGAAUGCAGUGUUGUCUGAUAAAAAUAAGCUCUUUUAAGGACAUCCUUGCUUUAAAUUCUCUGAUUCCAUAAUGUAUUGUAAAAUAGUGCAGAGUAGGUAAUGUGUUUCCAACUACAGAGCUUGAUCAAUGGCGCUAUAUUGAAUUAGACUAGCUGAGAAGCUGGCCCUUCCAAGUGAGGGAAUGACUGUCAUUGAUUCAUGAAUGACUUUGCAACUUCAUAAUCUUAACCUUGGAUAAAUGGCAGGUUAAAAAACAUGUAAUCAGUGUGAAAUCUUAAUCCACUAGCAUGAAUCAUUUUAAGUGAGACCUCCCAACUGAAAUUCCUUUUUUAUGUCAUGCUCAAACUAUCUGCAUUUCAUGUGUAAUUAAUACAAAACAUUCACCAUGUCAUUGUUAUAACAAUUAUAGUUUGCAAUUAUCCAUUAUUUAUUUUAUCAUCUUUUUUCUGCAACAGGCUUAUGUAUAUUUGUACCCUUUUUUCUCUACUGGAUAGCACCAAAAAUGCUCAACUAUAUAUCAUACAACCUAUACUAUUUACAGCCAGUGAAGAAUCUCCUUUUGCUUGAAUUCCAGUGGUAGGAGAUUGCAAAAGGACAUGUGUUCCGUUCCCACACACUCACCAUAAAACAUAUGAAAUGUCCCAAACAGACAUAGAUUUGUUACAUUACUGCAAAAAGGCUAAGAAUAGCCCUCAUUGCUUAUGCUAUACAUGCAGGAUAAGGUCCAUAGUGUGAGACAAAAAAAAGUAGAACAUAGGGUUCAAUUUUGCAAACAUUAAUGCACAGGAGUAAUUUGAUCUUUGAGCAAAGUUCCAUGUAUAAGCAUUUACAGGAUCAAUACAUAGGAACCAAGCCAAAUUAGCACAAUGGUUCAUGAAGUCUAAUUAAUUAAUCUUUUUACUGCAGUACACCAAACCAUUAAGGUACCAGUAGAGUGCCAAGCUACCCAUGAUCCAGAUGCAAAUUUUGAAAGCUCUUUGGCCGGUAGACUUUGUAGACACUAGCCCUGGCUAGUAGUUGUCUCUGAUUGCAGCCAGUAUCUAAGUGUCAGAGGAAUGUGCAAGAAACCCCCUAAUGGCAAAUAGUAAGAAAAUAAAAAACACCUUAUUAUGAUGUUCUUUGGGAAAACAUUGUUAAACCACAAUUUUAAUCUCUCAUAAAGAAUGCAUUUGUGCAUGCUCUAUAUUGUUCAGACCCUUAGAUUUAAACUAAUCAGAUUAUUCCAGCGCAUUGUAAGUUUUCUAUUUUAAAAAAGGACAUUUGCUUUAAUGGAAUGGCUUCAACCCAGUGCAAAAGAUAACUGGGUAACUGCAAUUUGGUGGCUUUUCCAUGGAUUCAGACUACAAUAUUGUUUAUAUUAUCAACAUGCACGAUGGAGUGGGAGCAUGUGGUCUAAUUUAUGUUAAAAUAAAAUAAGAGUUUUUCUUUGUGCCAUUUUAAAAUUAAUAAACUAAGCCUGAUCCUGCAAACAUAUAUAUGUUUAACGUAAAAUGUACAGUGUCCCACUAAAUUCAUGCUCUCUAUUGAACCAUUUAGCAAUGACUUUGGAGGUUCGGGGCCUUGGUUGCUAAAAACAAUACAAUAUAAAACAUCAUGUUUCACAUUCUGUUAACAGUAAAUCAAUGAUAUAUCUCUGGAAGCAUUUUCUAGGACUGGCUGAAUUAUAUUAAUGAAAAAAAAUAAUUUAUUAUUUCUGUUUUACUUCUUUUACACACUCAUUUUUCACUUAAUUAGUAGCCUAAAUUGAUUUUCUUUCCUCUCCUGACCUGCUUGAUGCCAAUGUUAAUGGAUUUUUUACUCUUAUUUUUUUA